UUCCACGUCUGUCUGCUGUGUUUCUACGCAAAGCACCAUGGGUGCGUCCGCGGCUACGGGUAUCCAGUUGGUGGCGGCGCGCCCUUGCGUCCCUGCGUGCCAGCGGAUGCUCGGCUCAAGAUCUGUGGUUUCUGCGUUUGGAAGGGCGCUCAGCACCAGGACCGGCUUUGCAAGCUGUGUGCAGACCGCGUCGGCGGGGCCACUUGUUGCUGCAAAGUACAAGAGGUUUGCUGUGAGGGCCAUGUCUCAGGGAGCUGCCCCAGGACUCCCCAUUGAUCUCAGAGGUAAAAGAGCGUUUAUUGCUGGAGUCGCUGAUGAUAAUGGUUAUGGCUGGGCAAUAGCCAAGGCUCUUGCUGCAGCUGGCGCUGAAAUUCUUGUUGGUACAUGGGUGCCUGCACUGAACAUAUUUGAGACGAGCCUGCGACGUGGAAAGUUUGAUGAAUCACGGAAGCUGCCUGAUGGAUCUCUUAUGGAGAUUACUAAAGUCUAUCCACUGGAUGCAGUUUAUGACACCCUGGAGGAUGUUCCUGAACAUGUUAAAACAAAUAAGAGGUAUGCGGGGUCCUCAAAAUGGACUGUGAAGGAAGUUGCUGAGACUGUGAAGGAUGAUUUUGGCAGCAUUGACAUCCUUGUGCAUUCUCUUGCCAAUGGUCCUGAGGUAACAAAGCCUUUGCUGGAGACAUCAAGAAGUGGCUAUCUUGCUGCAGUUUCAGCAUCUAGUUACUCGUAUAUUUCUUUACUCCAGCACUUCCUUCCCAUCAUGAAUCCAGGAGGUGCAAGUAUCUCUUUAACAUACAUUGCUUCAGAAAGGACAAUUCCUGGGUAUGGUGGUGGCAUGAGUUCAGCUAAAGCAGCACUUGAGAGUGAUACCAGAGUUCUUGCUUAUGAAGCAGGCCGGAAAGGCAAAAUCAGAGUGAACACUAUAUCAGCAGGUCCAUUGGGGAGCCGAGCUGCCAAAGCUAUUGGUUUCAUCGAGAAGAUGAUUGAGUACUCUUACGUUAACGCACCGUUGCAGAAGGAACUCUUGGCAGAUGAAGUGGGAAAUGCAGCAGCAUUUUUAGUGUCUCCAUUGGCGUCUGCAAUUACUGGCUCAACUGUCUAUGUUGACAAUGGACUCAACACGAUGGCUCUCGCGGUUGAUAGCCCUACUCUAUCCACCUAAACAUGCUCUUUAUCUCCGAAUCUGGUGUAGUGAGUUCGAGCUUGAGUGGUUUGUAGCUGGCCCACUCCAAACGAGGCUGUCAAUGUAGUUUUGAAACUAGAUUGUUGGGAUGAAUUUGUAAGAGGUAGAGAUGGUAGGUUCGAGGAUAGAAAAGUUGCUGGAGCAUGGGAGAUUGUGUGCCUUGUUUCCAUUAAGUCCGGACUAUAUGUUGGUAUUUAAAAAUAGAGGUGUGGUAGUGCAGUCAAUUAUUUUGUUUUAUCCUGUUAUUAUGCUAUGGAUCUGGAAAGGAAUAAAAGGGAUUGCAUUUGCAAUUAUAUA